AUGGCGGUGCUCGCCAUCGAGGGUCACAAAAAGCUUGAAGCCGCACAGCAGGAAUUGUUUGAUGCCUUCAGCGCUUGCUUUAAAACAGUCAACGGUAGAAGUGUCGAGACAUGGCAGCCGCAUGAGACAAUUAUGCUCUGCAACGACACUACCUUCUUUGAUCUUACAGAUGCGCUGCGGACGGAGAUCGCAACACUGACUGGCGAGAGCCUGCCAGAAGUCACUGAUGUAUCCAGUGUCGCAUCCCUAGCCAGAGCGCGAGAGCUUUACUUAGAGGGAGACCUGACCACUGAAAAUUUAGCAGAGACGGUCUUCCGAACCCAGUUGCUUGGGGAGCUGCUGGCGGACCUGCAGGCUUGCCGGCUAAUAGCAAAGAAGUACUGCUGCACCGACCUCCGCUUGGAACUGUCGGACAAGGCCACAAGUGAGGCAAAGGAUGUGAUCGAAGAAAUCGCAAAAGUGUUUGGGUUCAUUGCUUACGCAGCAAGGAGAGGUGGCAAGGGGGCGUACAAAGGUAAAAGUAGUGUCCAGGCCGAGCCGGCUGAUGAAAAAGUUCAGGCGCUGGAUGAAAUCGCGGCCAAGGUUGAGGGAGAUCCAUCGGUUUGCAGCAAGAGGUGUGAUCACCUUCUGUACCCAUACUGGAAUUUGACUCCCGACCAGGAGAAGUCGGUCAACCAAAUCAUGGAAGUUUUCAAUCAAGAGUACUCCGUGAGGCGGAAGGUCCUGACCCGACGCUUAGAUGUCACGAUUCAGGCCUUCCUGUGGUCCCCGAAGGCUGACUCUUACAUGGAGCAGAUCUCGCAGGCAAUUUCAGCCGUUAUGGAUUGGCGUGACCAUUUGAGUUCAGCUAGCAUCGGGAGCUGGCACAUGCUGGCUACGGAUGAGAAGACGGUCCAGGAGCCUCCGAAGAUCUCCUCCAUCACUGCUUUGAAGUCUGUUGUCAAGACCAUCAUCAUUGGUGCAGUGCCUGAUAGGGGUGGUGUUCCAGAAGGCUACACGGUUGAAGACAUCGCCAAGGACAUCGUCAAAGCCAACGUAGCCUUGACAAAGAAGGAUCAAGGCGGAGGUGGCAAAGGUGCGUCUGCUCAGAAUGCAGCUGCCAUGUCUGCGAAGAGAUGGGUCGGCAAGGGCAUGGGCUCAGGCGACGCUCGGGAUAGCCCUCGAGGGGAAAAGGGAGGCGGUGGCGGCGGAUACUACCAGUCUGGUGGUAAAGGAAAAGGUGGCGACGGCGGGGGUGGGUACUAUGGCAAGGGCGGAGGCGGAGGCGGAUACUACUCCCAAGGUAAAGGUGAUGGAGGAGGUGGCUACUACUCCCAAAAAGGGGGUGGUGGCGGUGGCGGUGGCUAUUACUCCCAAGGUGGUGGAGGAGGUGGCUACUACUCCAAGGGAGGAGACGGUGGAGGCGGUGGUGGCUACUACGCGCAAGGUGGUGGAGGAGGUGGUUUCUAUGCUCAAGGCGGCGGUGGUGGAGGUGGCUACUACGCGCAGGAAAAAGGCGGAGGCGGAGGAGGCUACUACGGUGGCAAAGGUGGUGGAGGUUUUGGCGGCAGACAGUCGGACAGACCGCCAACCUCCAAAGGUUGGACCAAAGGAGGUGGUGGGUGGGGCUGA